CAGAGAGCUCUACCGAGUCAUCCAGCUCGAAAUUUUGUACAGCUUCUGCUCUAUUCCCUUUCUACACCAAGGUCCAACUCAAUCCCGUCGAUUAGGGGGGCCAAUCCCUGAUAAGCCGUCGAAGCAUUUACGCUCAGAUGUGGGGUGACCUCAGCCAAGAUUUUGCUUGUACCUGAAUCAAAGGCCAGACCACCAGCUUGAAGCUACCUGCACAGGACACAGUCCGAGGAGAAGCUCGCAUUCGGGCACUUGAAUUGACGUGUUCGACCGGCGUGCCGAAGCUGUCCGCGCCAAACAAGGACGCACGGUCGGGCGCUUGGGUGUCAAGCAAGCAGAGCAAAUCAAAAGGUUUUGCUGGUUGACAGGCAUGGUCAAUCCUAGCUACCUAGAUAGGCCACCAAAACCGAAAACGUUCUACUACAAAGAAGCCCUCCACCGCCCGAAUUGAGAACUUCAGACAAGACCGGGUCCACGCACGCUUCUGCACGAAAAUAGGAAGGAAAAAAAAAAGGUGAAAAUUAUCAGCAUCAGGAGAGAAUACAAUUAUAACCCAGGUAGCCGGCCGUUUUUUUUUUGUCUUGACUGUCCACUUGUUUCAAUCAAUUGUAUAGUACAAAAAGCCGAAUCCUUGACAGUUUUCCUGCUUGGUUUGGUCCUUCGGUUGUUGUCCACAAUUCAUGACUUGCCUUAAUUCAGGGCUGCUUCCCCGGACGCUCAUUGGGACUAUCGGUCAGGGGUAGGCGAGGAGUGACGUGUGGCAUCUUUGGUGGACCGUGACGGCGGGUUUUUUCUGGCACGGUUGAAUUUGGGCAAUUACAGCGCGACUUGCGCAACCCCCAUUUUCUGCCCGCCAUUUACCAGUCAGAACCAAAGGGGGAAGAAAAAAAAAAGCUGGCUUGCACACUCACCGACUCUGCGAACAACUUCACCAAACGCCCAGAGUCGCCGAUCACAAACAGCAAAUACAAACUGGCAUCUUUUGCUUUCGAGAGUACCGCGCGCCGGCGAAUUGAUUUAUUUAAACCAACUGUGCCCCGGCUUGCCGGCCGCAUUCCCAUCGCUUAAACGCUUCACAACCAAAGUCGCCCAACCCGCAUCGACCUCUUCAAACCGUCACCAUGGUCUUACUGGAGGCGACAGCGCCCGCAAUCAAGGGCCCAGCCCUUUUUGGGAUGCCGAUGAAGCAGGUGUCGCUGAUUACGCUCACAUUUCAAAACUCGGCCUUGAUCCUCAUACUGCACUACUCGCGAAUCAUGCCACCAGACGGCGACCACCGCUAUUUUACCUCGACUGCAGUCUUUCUCAAUGAGAUCAUAAAACUUGCCAUCAGCCUUACUUUUGCUCUCCUAGAGCACUCGCGCAGCUUGGCACCGCAGACCCCAGCUACAGUGCUGUUCGAACAGUUGUACAACUCAGUGUUCUCUGGAGAUGGAUGGAAGCUCAUUAUCCCAGCGGCGCUGUACACGCUGCAGAACACUCUGGUCUACGUGGCCGUGGGCAAUUUGGACCCAAUACAUUUCCAAAUUCUGUACCAGCUCAAGAUCCUUACAACUGCCUUCUUCACGGUUGUCAUGUUGGGUCGAUCUCUGUCUGCAAAGAAGUGGGUCUCGUUGGUCAUUUUGACUAUCGGCGUCUCGAUCGUGUCUCUGCCCUCUUCGAGCGCCGAGGACUCGAGACUCAUUAUCCAUGAUUUCAGCGAUCAUUUUUUCCCUCGCUCAGUCCACGAACUUGGUCAGCUCGCCAACGGCGCAGCAGAGGUCGCGAGAGAGCUCACCAAACGGGCUUUGGACGAUUUCCACGAGGAUGGUGUUAUUGGCACCAUAGUGAAGCGAUCGGCCACGUACCAGGGCAUUAAGGAGGACCUGGACACCACGCCCAUCAUGAACUACUCAAUUGGUCUGGGUGCUGUGCUGGUCGCUGCGGCCGUGUCUGGCUUGACUGGAGUCUACUUUGAGAAGGUUCUGAAGGAUUCGGCCACGCCCGUCUCGGUGUGGACUCGCAACGUGCAGCUGUCCUUCUAUUCGCUUUUCCCAGCUCUGCUGCUUGUCAUUGGCAAGGAUGGCGCUGAGAUUAUCAAGCACGGCCCUCUCGACGGCUAUAACUGGGUCGUCUGGACGGCCGUGGUGCUGCAGGCCGUCGGGGGCGUGCUGGCUAGUCUGUGCAUCAACUAUGCUGACAAUAUUGCUAAGAACUUUGCGACUAGCAUCAGCAUCGUGAUUAGCUUUUUGUUCAGCGUUUGGUUCUUCAACGUCAACGUCAAUUUGGCGUUCUUGCUAGGGACAUUCCUCGUCAUCCUGGCGACGUACCUAUACAGCGGCCCCGACCGCAAGCGCACCCGCCCGCCACCCAUUAGCAUCGUCAGCUUUGAAAAGACAACGAUUGAUAGGACUCCUCAGCCGACUUCGAUCGACGAGAAGCGUCUGGACCCACUAGAUACCGUCAAGGCAAUGGGCUUGUCGACAUCGCGUCCUGCCUCACCCUUGCGGCACCAUAACAGGGUGCCCUCUGCCCGAGGCAAGAACCGCGACGAGUGAUGAGACUUCAAAAGUUUUUUUUCUGCAUCAUGCGGGCGGUGGCAUUUUCUUCUUUUUUUCUUAUACAUCAACUCACUUCGUAUAUGGCGACGCGACGAUCUCCAUAGGAUAUAUCAUCACAUUUGGGGGAAUCAUUGGCGAUUCAGGAGGCAGGCGUUUAAAAACAUUGGAAGUGACACAGAAAGGCUUUUUUUUUUUUUUUUUUGUUUUAUU